GACUCCGGAGGCCGGUGUGGGCCGGGAGAACUUACUGUGUUUAUUAGAACUAUUUAUGAUCCCGCACAAAGCUACCGUCACAUCACAUAAAGGAGGUUGUUGCCUUGGCGGGCCAAGCCAAGGGCGCUUUUGUGCCCGGUUUCAGCCUCUGCGUCCUGCCUCGGAUUUCCAAGACUCUUAAGUCACCUGAACCAAAGUUUCUCCCAAUCGCUCUGUCCUCCUGGUUUAUUCAGGGCGAUUUAACCACCAGGUAUUCCUGGAAGCGUUUGUUGUGUGGUUUUUAAAUCAUCCAGGGUGACUCCCUUUUGAGCGUGGUUAGCUUGGCGUUGUGUGGAGGGGUUUAAUUUGCAGAACGUUUUUAAUUUGUAGACAAUAACGAUUCGAUUCGUCCGCCCGGGAUGCUGGGGGUCAUUGGUUAAUGGACACCAGGCACCUGACUUAAAACUAUUGUAAAUAGCUUCAGGGACAAAGCAGGACCGCGUUUGGAGUUGGCUCUGGCCACUUCAGACCAUUGAGGCUGCCCCUCGUUUGGUUUUGUUUAUUUUGCCAACAGGUUUGAAGCUGAUUCUGCCAAAUUUGUGUUUAGUGGGGUGAGCAGGCGCCUGUCGGGGUUGGAGGGGCCUCAAACAUCUCAGGCCCGCUCCUGCAAUGACCCAACAAGAAACCAAACCCAAAGGCCAGAGGGCGUGGAUUGCCAGGGCCCCACAGAUUUUUAUAGGUUCCUUCUAUACAAGUGACGGCCCAGGUCAUCCAUCUCUGCUGAGAUUUGCAUUGGAUUGGAGAGUUUGGAGGAUCCCAGAGGCCUUGACACUUCAGAGGCAUAUUCGGCUGUAAAAUUCAUCUUUUUGAAGAGUUCUGCAUUUUGCCAGUCACCUCUUGUAACUGUGUGCCAAAGAAGGACUCCAUGAAAGAUGACAGAAGAAGUCAUUGUUAUAGCCAAGUGGGACUACACUGCCCAGCAGGACCAAGAGCUUGACAUCAAAAAGAACGAGCGCCUGUGGCUGUUGGAUGACUCCAAGACGUGGUGGCGGGUGAGGAACGCAGCCAACAGAACGGGGUACGUGCCAUCCAACUACGUGGAGCGCAAGAACAGCUUGAAGAAGGGCUCCCUGGUGAAGAACCUCAAGGACACGCUAGGCCUCGGCAAGACCCGCAGGAAGCCGAGCGCCAGGGAUGCAUCGCCGACGCCCAGCACGGACGCCGAAUACCCCUCCAAUGGCAGUGGCGCUGACCGCAUCUAUGACCUCAACAUCCCUGCCUUUGUCAAGUUCGCCUACGUGGCCGAGAGGGAGGACGAGCUGUCCCUGGUAAAGGGCUCGCGCGUCACCGUCAUGGAGAAAUGCAGUGACGGCUGGUGGCGGGGCAGCUUCAACGGGCAGAUUGGCUGGUUCCCCUCCAACUAUGUGCUGGAGGAGGCAGACGAGGCUGCCGCCGAGUCCCCGAGCUUCCUGAGCCUUCGGAAGGGCGCCUCCCUGAGCAACGGCCAGGGUGCCCGGGUGCUGCACGUGGUGCAGACGCUGUACCCCUUCAGCUCCGUCACCGAGGAGGAGCUCAACUUUGAUAAAGGAGAGACCAUGGAGGUGAUCGAGAAGCCCGAGAACGACCCAGAGUGGUGGAAAUGCAAAAACGCCCGGGGUCAGGUCGGCCUGGUCCCCAAAAACUACGUGGUGGUCCUCAAUGACGGGCCAGCCCUGCACCCUUCGCACGCCCCGCAGAUCAGCUACACUGGGCCCUCGUCCAGCGGGCGCUUCGCAGGCCGGGAAUGGUACUACGGCAACGUGACGCGGCACCAGGCUGAGUGCGCCCUCAACGAGCGGGGCGUGGAGGGCGACUUCCUCAUUAGAGACAGCGAGUCCUCGCCCAGUGACUUCUCCGUGUCUCUCAAAGCGUCAGGGAAGAACAAGCAUUUCAAGGUGCAGCUCGUGGACAAUGUCUACUGCAUCGGGCAGCGGCGAUUCCACAGCAUGGACGAGCUGGUGGAACACUACAAGAAGGCGCCCAUCUUCACCAGCGAGCACGGGGAGAGGCUCUACCUCGUCAGGGCCCUGCAGUGACAGUGACGGCGGCGGCGGCGGCCUCCCGGGCCCCAGCCUCCCGGGCCCCAGCUCCAGGGCUGCGCUGCCCCCUCGCCUCCCUCCGGAGCCCUGCGGUCGCCCACCCGGCCGUCCUGCUGCAGCUCCGCGUGCCAGGCACUCAUCCCGAUCGGCCUCCUUAGCCUCUUCCCCUGCGCCACCCAAGGCCCUCACGGCCACGCCCAGCCCACAGCCUCCUGGGCCACUCUAGAGGACGGGAGGCAGAGGGGCGUGUCUGCCCACCUCACUCCUUUUCAGCUGGAAACAGCCGUGGUCUGUUCAAAUCGGUCACACUCAGAACUCCCCACUCAACGACAUCGGGGGCAGUCGGGGGGCACCGGGCUGCGCUCAGCGUGUGAGUGAACCACAGCACACUCAGGAUGAAAUGGCCUGAGCUCUAGCUCCCUGGGGACCAGGUGGCAGGGGCCCGGGGCCCACCCAGCGGCCCUCCUUCAGGGUCCUGGCUCCAGGCUGUGCAGGGAGCAGUUGCAUUUGAGGAUAGCAAUACUGGAACGUCGCGUUGGUGGCAGUGAGGAAACUGCUCAGUGCCUUCGAGGCUGUGCUUGCAAUAAAGAGAAUUUCUGUGAGAGUCAGUCUACAGAAGAGGGAACCGGUGAUGCAGAAAGAGACGUGUUUUGGUAAUUGACCCCCAGAUGUGCCAUCCGCAUAGUGCUUUUUCCUCUCGCCCUUUGGCUUGUUUGAAUUUCACAAUUAUGUAUUUAAUUCUCAGAGUAAUAUGUAUCUGUAGCCGUUUGUUGACACUAAUAACAGAUGAUUAAGGAAAACAGCUGAUCUUCGGGGAAGGGGAGAUACGAAUACUUUAUACACACUCACUAUAUAUAUAUAUAUAUAUAUAAUACAUGUAUAUUAUAUAUAUAUAAUUUGCUUUACAGGGAAAUUUUUCAGGGUUUACAAAAGAAUAUGUGAUUGGUAGUAAAAGACACAGAAUGUUUAUGAAAAAAUUGCAUUUUCUUUUUUCUUUACAUUUGAACUUCUUUAUAGUUGAAAUAUACAGUCUUGAGAUGGCACAUUCCUACAAUUGAAGAAGGGGUCUUGAGAUCCCCUAAACUUGCAUACCCAGUUUUUUGGAUAUUGUAAUAAAAAAGAAGUAUUAUGACAA